GCGGCGACUGGCGUGGGUCGGUGAGGCGGUACCGGGCAGAGGCUGUCGGGUGUCAUGGGCGGUGGCGGCGGCACCGCCCCCGCGUCUCCCUGAGCAGGACGGCGGGUGGACCUCUGCGCCGAGCCGGGCGAUGGACGCGAGCGGCGAGCUGGGCGGGCUGGAGACCAUGGAGACUCUCACAGAGUUGGGCGACGAGCUGACCCUAGGGGACAUCGACGAGAUGCUGCAGUUUGUCAGCAAUCAAGUGGGAGAAUUCCCGGACUUGUUUUCCGAGCAGCUGUGUAGCUCCUUCCCUGCUGGCGGUGGAAGUUCCAAUGGCAGCAGCGGCAGCAGCAGUGGCGGGGGCAGUGGCAGUGGAGCCGUGGACCACUCAAUGCAGCGGUCAUUCAGCCAGGUCCCCUUGCCUUCCUUCUCUCCCUCGGCCGCCUCCCCCCAGGCUCCUGCCCUGCAGGUCAAGGUUCCCCCUACCACGGUCCCCACUCCCCCGAGGGCCACUCCUGUUCUUCAGCCCCGCCCGCAGCCCCAGCCUCAACCCCAAGCUCAGCUACAGCAACAGACAGUGAUGAUCACCCCGACAUUCAGCACCGCCCCCCAGACGAGGAUCAUCCAGCAGCCUCUGAUCUACCAGAAUGCAGCUACCAGCUUUCAAGUCCUUCAGCCUCAAGUCCAAAGCCUGGUGACGUCCUCCCAGGUGCAGCCGGUCGCCAUCCAGCAGCAGGUGCAGACGGUCCAGGCCCAGCGGGUGCUGACGCAGACGGCCAAUGGCACACUGCAGACCCUGGCCCCUGCCACGGUGCAGACGGUGGCCGCUCCCCAGGUGCAGCAGGUCCCGGUCCUGGUACAGCCUCAGAUCAUCAAGACAGAUUCCCUUGUUUUGACCACACUGAAGACAGAUGGUAGCCCCGUCAUGGCUGCGGUCCAGAACCCGGCCCUCACCGCCCUCACCACCCCCAUCCAGACAGCUGCUCUGCAAGUACCAACCCUGGUGGGCAGCAAUGGGACCAUUCUGACCACAAUGCCUGUGAUGAUGGGGCAGGAGAAAGUGCCCAUUAAGCAGGUACCUGGGGGAAUCAAGCAGCUGGAGCCCCCCAAAGAAGGAGAAAGGCGGACAACACACAACAUCAUUGAGAAGCGGUAUCGCUCCUCCAUUAACGACAAAAUCAUAGAGUUAAAGGACCUAGUCAUGGGGACAGAUGCCAAGAUGCACAAGUCUGGCGUUCUGAGGAAGGCCAUUGAUUACAUCAAAUACUUGCAGCAGGUCAAUCAUAAACUGCGCCAGGAAAACAUGGUGCUGAAGCUGGCAAAUCAGAGAAACAAGCUCCUGAAGGGCAUCGACCUAGGCAGCCUGGUGGACAAUGACAUGGACCUGAAGAUUGAUGACUUUAAUCAGAACGUCCUCCUGAUGUCGCCCCCAGCCUCAGACUCGGGAUCCCAGGCCGGCUUCUCUCCAUACUCCAUCGACUCUGAGCCAGGAAGUCCUCUGUUGGAUGAUGCAAAGGUCAAAGAUGAGCCGGACUCUCCUCCUGUGGCCCUGGGCAUGGUGGACCGCUCGCGAAUUCUGCUGUGUUUCCUCACCUUCCUGUGCCUCUCCUUUAACCCCCUGACGUCCCUGCUGCAGUGGGGAGGUGCCCAUGACUCGAACCAGCACCCAUACGCAGGCUCUGGCCGCAGCGUACUAUCUUUUGAGUCAGGUUCUGGGGGCUGGUUUGACUGGAUGAUGCCAACGCUCCUCUUAUGGCUGGUCAAUGGCGUGAUUGUCCUGAGCGUCUUUGUGAAGCUGCUGGUCCACGGGGAGCCAGUGAUCCAACCACACUCUCGCUCCUCAGUCACCUUCUGGAGGCACCGGAAGCAAGCAGACCUGGACCUCGCUAGGGGGGAUUUUGCAGCUGCUGCCGCCAACCUACAGACCUGCCUGUCAGUUCUGGGCCGGGCACUGCCUACCUCCCGCCUGGACCUGGCCUGCAGUCUCUCCUGGAAUAUAAUCCGCUACAGCCUGCAGAAGCUGCGCCUGGUGCGCUGGCUGCUCAAGAAGGUCUUCCAGCGCCGGCGCACCACCCCAGCCACCGCGGCAGGCUUUGAGGACGAAGCGAAGACCAGCGCCCGGGACGCGGCCCUGGCCUACCACAGGCUGCACCAGCUGCACAUCACAGGGAAGCUUCCUGCGGGAUCCGCCUGUUCAGACGUGCACAUGGCUCUGUGCGCUGUCAACCUGGCAGAGUGUGCGGAGGAGAAAAUCCCACCAAGCGUGCUGGUUGAGAUCCACCUGACUGCUGCCAUGGGGCUCCAGACCCGCUGUGGAGGCAAACUGGGCUUCCUGGCCAGCUACUUCCUCAGCCGAGCCCAGAGCCUGUGUGGCCCCGAGCGCAGCGCCGUCCCUGACUCCCUGCGCUGGCUCUGCCACCCCCUGGGCCAGAAGUUUUUCAUGGAACGAAGCUGGUCAGUCAAGUCAGCAGCCAAGGAGAGCCUGUACUGUGCCCAGAGGAACCCAGCUGACCCCAUUGCCCAGGUCCAUCAGGCAUUCUGCAAGAACCUGCUGGAGCGAGCUGUGGAAGCCUUAGUGAAGCCUCAAGCCAAGAAGAAGGCUGGCGAGCAGGAAGAAGAGAGCUGUGAAUUCUCCAGUGCUCUGGAGUACCUGAAAUUACUGAAUUCUUUUGUGGACUCCGUGGGGAUUGUGACCCCGCCAUUCUCCAGCAGCUCCGUGCUCAAGUCAGCCCUCGGUCCAGACAUCAUCUGUCGGUGGUGGACAUCCGCGGUCACCAUGGCCAUCAGUUGGCUCCAGGGAGAUGACACAGCCGUGCGCUCUCAUUUUGCCGAAGUAGAGCAUGUCCCCAAGGCUCUGGAAGUGACCGAGAGCCCCCUGGUGAAGGCUGUCUUCCAUGCCUGCAAAGCCAUGCAUGCCUCACUCUCAGGGAAGGCUGACGGGCAGCAGAGCUUCUGCCACUGUGAGAGGGCCAGCAGCCACCUGUGGAGCAGCCUCAAUGUCAGCGGAGCCGCCUCCGACCCCACCCUCAACCAAGUGGUCCAGCUGCUCACCUGUGACCUGCUGCUGUCCCUGCGUACUGUACUCUGGCAGAAGCAGGCGGGCGCCAGCCAGGCCCUGGGCGAGACCUACCAGGCGUCGGGCGCUGAGCUGGCUGGCUUCCAGCGGGACCUGGGCAGCCUGCGUAGGCUGGCACACAGCUUCCGCCCGGCAUACCGCAAGGUGUUCCUGCACGAGGCCACCGUCCGCCUGAUGGCAGGAGCCAGCCCCACCCGCACCCACCGGCUGCUGGAGCACAGCCUGCGGAGGCGCACCAUGCAGAACACCAAGCACGGCGAGGUGGACGCCUGGCCCGGCCAGCGUGAGCGGGCCACUGCCAUCCUGCUGGCCUGCCGCCACCUUCCCCUCUCCUUCCUCUCCUCCCCGGGACAGCGGGCAGUGCUGCUGGCUGAGGCUGCCCGCACCCUGGAGAAGGUGGGCGACCAGCGCUCCUGCAACGACUGCCAGCAAAUGAUCGUCAAGCUGGGCGGCGGCACGGCCAUCGCCGCCUCCUGACACCGUUCCGUAAUCCUCCCCACCUUCCAGCCUCUCACUUCCUCCUCCCUGUCUCUCAUCCUCUCUCUCCCUC